CCACUACCAUCUAUAUAGGCAGCAUAUGAUUCCACUUCACUUUCUCACCAUCGGAUACAACUUUCCGUCUGACUAAACGCCCUUUAAUUCUUUAUUCGACCAUUCAUCGUUAUCACUGUACAAUGGCUUCCUCAAGCUCCGCUCUCAGAACCAUAUCUUCCUCCGCCAAAUUGUCUCACCCGAUCGGAUCACCAUCGGUUUCUUUGAGUAGCAAUUUUCUACCCAUUAGGCUAGCCUACCAAUCUAUGACUUCAACUCCCAAGCUUCAAUCAAGCAUAAAAUCACACUGCAAUUUCUCAGCCGCGAAAAGAUCUGUCUUCAGUUGCAGAAGCCAAGCCUAUUCAACGGACUCAGAAAGAUCAAGCAAAGUUCAAGAACUGCAUGUUUACGAGAUCAACGAGCGAGAUCGAGGAAGCCCGGCGGUACUACGAUUGAGCCAGAAACCCGUCAACUCUCUCGGCGAUCUCGUUCCUUUCAGUAACAAAUUAUAUAGCGGCGAUCUGCAAAAAAGGAUCGGAAUAACAGCGGGAAUAUGCAUCCUGAUCCAGAACAAGCCGGAGCGUAAAGGAGAUCGGUACGAGGCGAUCUACAGCUUCUACUUCGGAGACUACGGUCAAAUAUCGGUGCAAGGAUCGUAUUUGACUUACGAGGACACGUAUCUGGCUGUGACUGGCGGUUCCGGCAUCUUUGAAGGUGCGUAUGGUCAGGUGAAGCUGCACCAGAUCAUUUUCCCCUUCAAGCUUUUCUACACUUUUUACUUGCAGGGCAUUAAGGGAGACUUGCCUCUGGAACUUCUUGGAAAACCUGUGGACCCCAGUCCCUCUGUGGAACCCACUCCUUCAGCCAAGGCUUGUGAGCCCCACGCCACUAUUCCCAAUUUCACUGAUUAGUUUCUUUUUUUUAGCUUUGGGUGGAAAAUAAAUAAUGUAUUGGCAAUAUUUUAAUAUUAUGUGGGCUCUAUUCUAUGAUGUUAUUGACGUUAUGUGUAUGUACAGCCUGGUAAUAGAAUUUCAGAUUUUUAUUUUAA